CGCGGUCAAAACAAUGUCAUUCAAAUUUUGUAAAAUAUUAUCUUGAAAAGACACAGAUUAGAUUUCAUUUUAUAUAUUUUAUAUUCACAACAAUUUUUUCAAAUCAUCUCUCAAAAUGUUGAAGGGCGUUGUAGGUCUUGUUACUGGAGGUGCUUCUGGUUUGGGAAAGGCCACUGUGGAGCGAAUUGUGCAACAAGGUGGCCGAGUAGUUUUAUGUGAUUUACCUAAAUCAAGUGGAUCUCAAGUAGCUAAAGAUAUUGGAGAUAAUUGUUUAUAUGCACCAGUUGAUGUCACAUCUGAAAAAGAUGUUGAGGAAGCAAUAGCAUUAACUAAAGAAAAAUUUGGUCGCCUUGAUGUUGCUGUAAACUGUGCUGGUAUCGGUGUAGCAUUUAAAACAUAUAAUUUCAAUAAGCAGUUGCCUCAUAAAUUAGAAGAUUUUACAAAAGUUCUAAUGGUUAAUACUGUUGGAACCUUCAAUGUAAUUCGAUUGUCUGUUGGAUUGAUGGGAGUAAAUGAACCUAAUAAGGAUGGUCAACGAGGAGUGAUUGUAAACACAGCAAGUGUUGCUGCUUAUGAUGGACAGAUGGGACAAGCUGCUUAUUCUGCGUCCAAAGGUGCUAUUGUUGGAAUGACACUGCCUAUUGCUAGAGAUUUAGCGAGUCAAGGCAUUCGAGUGGUCACUCUGGCACCAGGUUUAUUCAACACACCACUUCUACAACAACUUCCAGAGAAAGUAAGAGCAUUUUUGGCAAAAACUAUUCCAUUUCCUCAAAGACUUGGAGAGCCCUCUGAAUUUGCUCAUAUGGUACAAACAAUUAUUGAAAAUCCUCUUCUAAAUGGUGAAGUGAUUCGAGUUGAUGGAGCUUUAAGAAUGCAGCCUUAAUUGAAAGACUACUUUUAAAUAGUGUUCAUUAUGAAAAUAUAUUUUUUAAACAUAGGUCUU